AUGGGUGACAACACUGAGACCACUCUUGCCGGAAACGACACAGCUAUGGACACCAGCAUGGACAAGGGCAAAGGCAAGGCCAUUGAGCGCGUGCCUGAUGAUGUAGAGAUGGAGGCAGAGGAAAGCUCAGAGGACGAAGAAGACCUCGAGGACGCUGUCGACGAAGAUGAAGAAGGUGGAAACGACAACCUCGAGCCCAUCUCGACAGACAACAUCCUGCCCAGUGGCAGACGCACGCGCGGAAAGGAGGUCAACUACGCUGAGCUCGCUGCCAAGGAGAGGGAGGCUGGCGACGUUGCCAUGGACGACGACGACGAUGAAGACUUCAAGGGCCCCGUCGACGAUGACAUGGAACACUAA